AAAACAAGGUCGCAAAUGAAGAUGAAAAGGAAUGAGAAGUUGGUGGUGUGUAUGAGUUAAUCAUUUUGUGACCUCUCCCUCCUCUUCUUCUUUUUAUCUUCAUUCAUUCAUUCUCACUCACACACUCACUCAUACGUUCACUUUCUUUCUCUUCUCUCUCUCCUCCCUCUCUCUAACGAUGGCGCUGAACACGGUGUCGUCGGUUUCUCAACUGCUACGUCUCUCCGAUAAUUUCACUUCCAUCGGUAACCGUCACUUGCUCAUUGACUUCGCUCCUUUCCGCCGCAAAUCUAAACGGUUUAACCGUAGAUUGACACCGUUUAUAACUCCAGCUCCCCUCCGUCAUAACUCCGUCAAAUCUGUUCUUCAUCUUGAUAAUCGACUUGAUCCUCCUCUUCCUUCUCCUCCUUCUUCUUCAACUUCUGAUUUAAAACCACAGGUUGCAAAUUUGGAGGAUAUACUGUCAGAAAGAGGGGCAUGUGGUGUUGGAUUCAUUGCCAAUUUGGAAAAUAAGGGAUCACAUGAGAUUGUUAAGGAUGCUUUAAAUGCUUUAAGCUGUAUGGAACAUCGUGGGGGCUGUGGUGCAGAUAAUGACUCUGGUGAUGGUUCUGGGGUGAUGACAGCAAUUCCAUGGGAUCUAUUUGACAAUUGGGCAAACAAGCAAGGGAUUGCUACCUUUGAUAAGUUGCACACUGGCGUUGGAAUGGUUUUCCUACCCAAAGAUGUAGAACAUGCAAAUAAGGCCAAGAAAGUUAUUGUAAAUACAUUUCAGCAAGAAGGUCUUGAGGUGCUUGGGUGGAGGCCAGUCCCUGUAAAUACUUCUGUUGUAGGUUAUUAUGCAAAGGAAACCAUGCCCAAUAUACAGCAAGUAUUUGUCAAGAUCGGGAAGGAAGAAAAUGUUGAUGACAUUGAACGAGAACUGUACAUCUGUAGAAAACUGAUUGAAAAGGAAGUAGGCUCGGAAAGUUGGGGAAAUGAGCUUUAUUUCUGUUCUUUAUCCAAUCGAACAAUAGUUUACAAGGGGAUGCUUCGCUCAGAAGUUUUGGGGUUAUUUUAUUCUGACCUUCAAAAUGAUCUUUAUAAUUCCCCUUUUGCCAUUUAUCAUCGAAGGUAUAGCACAAAUACUAGUCCUAGAUGGCCACUUGCUCAACCAAUGAGGCUUCUUGGUCAUAAUGGAGAGAUCAACACCAUACAGGGGAACUUGAAUUGGAUGCAGUCACGAGAGCCAUCAUUGAAGUCACCUGUAUGGCGAGGUCGUGAAAAUGAAAUUCGUCCCUUUGGAAAUCCAAAGGCAUCAGAUUCGGCAAAUCUUGACAGUGCUGCAGAAUUGUUAAUAAGAAGUGGUCGAAGCCCUGAGGAAUCCAUGAUGAUUCUUGUUCCAGAGGCUUACAAGAACCAUCCAACACUGUCUAUCAAAUACCCUGAGGCGGUUGACUUCUAUGACUACUACAAGGGUCAAAUGGAAGCUUGGGAUGGACCUGCCUUGCUUUUAUUCAGUGAUGGAAAAACUGUUGGUGCAUGCCUUGACCGUAAUGGACUUCGACCUGCUAGGUAUUGGCGAACAUCAGACAAUAUGGUCUAUGUUGCUUCUGAGGUUGGUGUUGUACCAGUGGAUGAGUCAAAGGUUAUUUUGAAAGGAAGAUUAGGUCCAGGCAUGAUGAUAACAGUUGAUUUACUCGGUGGCCAGGUUUACGAGAAUAUGGAGGUUAAAAAACGAGUAGCCUUAUCAAAUCCAUAUGGGAACUGGAUCAAGGAAAAUUUGCGGUCUUUGAAAUCUGGGAACUUCCUUUCAUCGUCUGUGAUGGACAAUGAUGCAAUAUUAAGACACCAACAGGCAUUUGGGUACUCCAGUGAAGAUGUCCAGAUGGUGAUUGAGAGUAUGGCUUCUCAAGGAAAGGAGCCUACAUUUUGUAUGGGAGAUGAUAUUCCAUUAGCAGCGUUGUCUCAGAAACCUCACAUGCUUUUUGAUUACUUUAAACAACGUUUUGCACAGGUUACAAAUCCUGCAAUUGAUCCGCUUCGAGAAGGGCUAGUUAUGUCUCUUGAAGUGAAUAUAGGGAAGAGAGGGAAUAUAUUGGAAACAGGACCAGAAAAUGCUUCACAGGUUAUAUUAUCUAGUCCGGUAUUGAAUGAAGGGGAACUUGAGUCAUUAUUAAAAGACUCUCACUUAAAACCUCAAGUAUUGCACACAUUUUUUGAUAUAACUAAGGGGAUUGAUGGUUCCUUGGAGAAAGCAUUAAAUAAGCUUUGCGACGCUGCAGACGAAGCUGUCAGAAAUGGCUCCCAGCUGCUUAUUCUUUCAGACCGUUCAGAAGCACUGGAACCAACUCAUCCUGCAAUUCCCAUACUUCUUGCUGUUGGUACUGUUCAUCAGCAUCUAAUCCAGAAUGGCCUUCGGAUGUCAGCUUCAAUUGUAGCAGAUACUGCUCAGUGCUUUAGCACUCAUCAGUUUGCGUGCUUAAUAGGAUAUGGUGCAAGUGCUGUGUGUCCAUACUUGGCAUUGGAAACAUGCCGUCAAUGGCGUUUGAGUAAUAAAACUGUAAAUCUGAUGAAGAAUGGAAAGAUGCCCACUGUAUCAAUUGAACAAGCGCAGAAGAACUACUGCAAGGCUGUAAAAGCAGGUCUUCUUAAAAUUCUUUCCAAAAUGGGCAUCUCAUUGCUUUCAAGUUACUGUGGUGCACAAAUAUUUGAAGUCUACGGCUUAGGAAAGGAAGUUGUAGAUCUUGCAUUCAGAGGAAGUGUAUCGAAAAUUGGUGGAUUAACUUUUGAUGAGCUGGCAAGAGAGACUUUGUCUUUCUGGGUGAAGGCAUUCUCUGAAGAUACAGCUAAAAGAUUGGAAAAUUUUGGAUUUAUACAGUUCAGACCAGGAGGCGAGUAUCAUGCAAAUAAUCCAGAGAUGUCAAAGUUGCUCCACAAAGCUGUUCGUCAGAAAAGCCAAAAUUCCUUUUCAGUUUAUCAACAAUAUUUGGCUAAUCGACCUGUGAAUGUUCUCCGUGAUCUUCUUGAGUUCAAAAGUGACCGUGCCCCAAUACCUGUGGGGAAGGUUGAACCUGCUUCAUCUAUUGUGCAACGGUUUUGCACUGGGGGGAUGUCACUUGGGGCUAUAUCUAGGGAAACUCAUGAAGCAAUUGCAAUUGCAAUGAAUAGAUUAGGUGGAAAGUCAAAUUCAGGGGAAGGUGGUGAGGAUCCUAUUCGCUGGAAACCACUUACUGAUGUUGUUGAUGGUUACUCUGCAACUCUUCCACAUCUUAAAGGUCUUCAAAAUGGGGACACUGCUACUAGUGCCAUUAAACAGGUUGCUUCAGGGAGGUUUGGUGUGACUCCAACAUUCUUGGCAAAUGCUGAUCAGAUUGAAAUCAAAAUUGCACAAGGUGCAAAGCCUGGUGAAGGUGGACAGUUGCCUGGUAAAAAAGUUAGCAUGUAUAUUGCAAGGUUGAGAAAUUCUAAACCAGGGGUUCCUCUUAUAUCUCCACCUCCUCACCAUGACAUUUAUUCAAUUGAGGAUCUUGCUCAAUUGAUCUUCGAUCUUCACCAGGUGAACCCUAAGGCCAAGGUAUCAGUAAAACUGGUGGCUGAAGCUGGAAUUGGUACUGUUGCAUCUGGGGUUGCAAAGGGCAAUGCUGACAUUAUACAGAUUUCAGGACAUGACGGGGGAACAGGAGCAAGCCCUAUAAGUUCCAUAAAACAUGCAGGAGGUCCUUGGGAACUUGGGCUUACGGAAUCUCACCAGACACUCGUUGAAAAUGGACUCAGAGAAAGGGUUAUUCUCAGAGUUGAUGGUGGAUUUAGAAGUGGAGUUGAUGUCAUGAUGGCAGCAAUAAUGGGUGCGGAUGAGUAUGGGUUUGGUUCAGUGGCAAUGAUUGCUACUGGAUGUGUCAUGGCUCGCAUUUGCCACACCAAUAACUGCCCAGUUGGUGUUGCCAGUCAGAGGGAAGAGUUGCGUGCACGCUUUCCGGGUGUUCCUGGUGAUCUUGUCAACCUUUUUUUAUAUAUAGCUGAGGAGGUAAGAGGAACUUUAGCACAGCUAGGGUAUGAGAAGUUAGAUGAUAUAAUUGGCCGGACAGAGUUAUUGCGACCAAGAGAUAUAUCUCUUGUGAAAACUCAGCAUCUAGAUCUGAGUUAUAUCCUCUCUAGUGCUGGCUUACCUAAAUGGAGCAGUACAGAAAUCAGGAAUCAGGAGCCACAUACAAAUGGUCCUGUUCUGGAUGAUGUUUUGCUAGCAGACCCAGAGAUUGCAGAUGCCAUUGAAAAUGAAAAGGCAGUUAGUAAGACCAUAAAAAUAUACAAUGUUGAUCGUUCUGUCUGUGGGCGUAUAGCUGGUGUUAUUGCAAAGAAGUACGGUGACACUGGUUUUGCUGGACAGUUGAACAUAACAUUUACAGGAAGUGCUGGACAGUCAUUUGGGUGCUUUUUGACACCUGGAAUGAAUAUUCGCCUUGUAGGAGAGGCUAAUGAUUAUGUUGGGAAGGGCAUUGCUGGAGGUGAAUUGGUUGUUACUCCAGUUGACAAGAUAGGGUUUCAACCCGAGGAUGCAGCUAUUGUUGGGAACACUUGCUUGUAUGGGGCAACAGGUGGACAGGUCUUUGUUAGAGGGAAAGCUGGGGAAAGGUUUGCUGUCAGAAACUCACUUGCUGAAGCUGUGGUUGAAGGCACAGGAGAUCAUUGCUGUGAGUACAUGACCGGUGGCUGUGUCGUUAUCCUGGGAAAAGUGGGUAGAAAUGUAGCUGCUGGAAUGACAGGAGGGUUGGCUUACAUUCUUGAUGAGGACGAUACUCUCAUUCCUAAGAUAAACAGAGAAAUUGUGAAAAUUCAACGAGUAUCAGCGCCUGUGGGGCAGAUGCAGCUGAAGAAACUAAUUGAAGCCCAUGUUGAAAAAACUGGUAGCAACAAAGGUGCAGCUAUUUUGAAGGACUGGGACAACUAUUUAUCACUAUUUUGGCAGCUGGUUCCACCUAGCGAAGAAGAUACACCUGAGGCUAAUGCCAAGUAUGACAUAACUGCUACAGAGCAGGUCACUUUGCAGUCUGCUUAGGGAGCAAUGCAAGCUUAAAUUGAUUGCCAGGCUAUGGUGCCAUGUUUGUGUCCCUACUUUGUACAGGGAUGGGAAGGCUAAAUCAAUGGGGUGAGAAUUCUAACCAAAAUAUGGGACUAAACUUACCUUUGAAACAUUGACGGGCUUCAUUCUAUCUCAAGAUCAUAUUUUACACUUUGCAGCUGUAAGAGGCCCCCUUGUACAUCCCUUUGAAGCAUUAGCCUUCUCCUUCCUCAAAGCUUUUGUAUGUAUAGCCAUUUGAAAUAAAAUCUGUAAAUUAAAUGCAGUUCUUUUGAAUCUGAUUGGAGGUUUUCUGUUGGACGGUGAAAAUAAAUUAGUUGGGCAUGAUUCGAUGCUAGUCUCGGUAUCGUUUGAUGAAAUGGAAAUUGUUAUUUUUCACUUGCAGAAUUGAUAUGCAUUCUUGCUUUGCAAUAAUUCAAAUGGGUAGUUGUGAUUUGUGGACA